CAGUUUUUCUUCGGAACAAACAAGAUUCAGAAAAAAAAUGAGUGGUCGCGGCAAGGGAGGCAAAGGACUCGGUAAAGGAGGCGCUAAGCGUCACCGUAAAGUUCUCCGUGAUAACAUCCAGGGAAUCACCAAACCCGCCAUCCGCCGUCUGGCUCGCCGCGGCGGUGUGAAGCGUAUCUCCGGCCUCAUCUACGAGGAGACCCGCGGUGUGCUCAAGGUCUUCCUGGAGAACGUCAUCCGUGACGCCGUCACCUACACCGAGCACGCCAAGAGGAAGACGGUCACCGCCAUGGAUGUGGUGUACGCUCUCAAGAGGCAGGGCCGCACCCUGUACGGCUUCGGAGGUUAAAUCACCGCCUCACCUCAGCUCAGCUCACCUCAACACAACGGCUCUUUUAAGAGCCACACACAGCAACCAAAGA